AUGCGGGCCCCGGGCGCGCCUUUCGCUCGCACCUCGUCGCUGCUGCUGCUUCUCCUGCUGCUCAGGGUGGGUGUCUCUUCUGUCCUGGGGAGCCAGACGUGUCUUGGGGAGAGCUGUUCCCCCCGGAUCCAGCGUCUCAGCAGAGAUGCUUGGGGGCCGGGAAAUGCUGAGAGCGACAUCCCGCGAAUCCGUGCGCCCACGGAAGAAGGGCUAAAGGCGGCUGUGCCCGUGGCGCCCUCCUGGGACCAACCUGUGGCCCCAGGUGCGGACCACGGGGCGGAGGCGCCUGAUCCUCGACUCUCGGGACCUCCCACGAGGUCCUCUGGCAUCUGGAGAUGGAAAAGUGCCCGCGGUCAGGAGCGUCCUGGAAAUUUGAGGAGAGGGGAUCCCACGGAUCUUCAACUUUACCUGCAGACUUCUGAAGACGAAGGGGGGAGUCCCAGAGACUCGGGCAAUCCCCGACGACGAAGCCAGGAGCACAGUGUGCAACCAGAGCCCGGGGCCAGGGAUCUUUUCUACUGGCCGAGGAGAGCUGCGAGACUCCAGGGUUCCCACCACGAACUUCCUCCCAAGCCGCCCAGCGGACCUCUAGGGCACGAAGGGAGGACAGUCGCGCCCCCCGGAAGGGCUCUGCCCCAAAAUGGGUCCUUGGAUGAUGAGGUCCACGAAAGUGGGGGUCCCCGCCGGGGGAACAGCACAAGCCGUCGUUUGAAACUCAAGAAUCCCUUCUACCCUCUGACCCAGGAGUCGUACGGAGCCUACGCGGUCAUGUGUUUGUCCGUGGUGAUCUUCGGGACCGGCAUCAUUGGCAACCUGGCCGUGAUGUGCAUCGUGUGCCACAACUACUAUAUGCGCAGCAUCUCCAACUCUCUUUUAGCCAACCUGGCCUUCUGGGACUUUCUCAUCAUCUUCUUCUGCCUUCCGCUCGUCAUCUUCCACGAGCUGACCAAGAAAUGGCUGCUGGAGGACUUUUCCUGCAAGAUCGUGCCCUAUAUCGAGGUGGCUUCUCUAGGUGUCACUACCUUCACCCUGUGUGCACUGUGCAUAGACCGCUUCCGUGCUGCCACCAACGUACAGAUGUACUACGAAAUGAUUGAAAACUGCUCCUCAACCACCGCCAAACUGGCUGUGAUAUGGGUCGGCGCUCUAUUGCUGGCUCUUCCAGAAGUUGUCCUCCGCCAGCUGAGCAAGGAAGACUUGGGGUUCAGUGACCGAGCUCCCGCAGAACGGUGUGUUAUAAAGAUCUCUCCCGAUUUACCGGACACCAUCUACGUCCUGGCGCUCACCUACGACAGUGCGAGGCUCUGGUGGUAUUUUGGUUGUUACUUUUGUUUACCCACGCUGUUCACCAUCACCUGCUCUUUAGUGACGGCGAGGAAAAUCCGCCAAGCGGAGAAAGCCAGUACCCGCGGGAACAAGAGGCAGAUCCAACUGGAAAGCCAGAUGAACUGCACCGUGGUGGCCCUGACCAUUUUGUAUGGGUUUUGCAUCAUUCCCGAGAAUAUCUGCAACAUCGUUACGGCCUACAUGGCCACCGGAGUCUCUCAGCAGACAAUGGACCUUCUCAACAUCAUCAGCCAGUUCCUUUUGUUCUUCAAGUCCUGCGUGACCCCCGUGCUCCUCUUCUGCCUCUGCAGGCCCUUCAGCAGGGCCUUCCUGGAGUGCUGUUGCUGCUGCUGCGAGGCGUGCAUCCAGAAGUCUUCCACGGUGACCAGCGACGACAACGACAACGAGUACACCACCGAGCUGGAACUCUCGCCUUUCAGUACCAUCCGCCGGGAGAUGUCCACCUUCGCUUCGGUCGGGACGCAUUGCUAACCGAGGACCGCACUUGCCUCCAUCAGAUUGGUCCAUUUGUUUGAUUUCCCUAUCCGGUGAAAGGUUUUACUUUGUAGUUUUCCUUACAGGAAAAUAAAAAACCAAACAGACAUGCAAAAGGAAAAAAAAAUACCUAUUAACUACUAUAGGACUCAAAUUUUGCAAAUUAAUAUUUGUGCUCUGAGAAAGACAUGUUUAUAUUUAGUUAUUUAAGAAGAAGGGGAAAGGCUGAUAGUUUUAGAUCAUUUUAUCUGGUCUGGUGCUAAUAUUUUAUUCAAGAAAAGUUACCGCACCUUAACUUAAUUGCUAGAUUUCUUUCUUUCUUUCUUUCUUUUUUUUUUUUAAUAUAAUCACUGUAUAUUGGUUCUAGCCAUGUGAUAUUUGCAAGUUAUUUUAUGCUCAGUUGUGAUUGAAAGUAUAUUGUAUAUGGUAUCGUGAGAUGAUUUGUAUGUUGAGGAA